UGUCCCCCGAAGAUCAAGUAAUUUAUUGGAAUGUAUUCACUUUCUUCUACAGUUUUGGAUUUUCCUUUACAUCCUGUUUUAAAAUUAGUUAUGCAGUAUCCUUCUUUAUUUCUAAAAGCCUUCAGAGGCUCCCCUUUUCUGCAGAAAGGCAGUGUGCAAGACAUGCAGGCUUCUCUGGCUCCUUUCUUUCUAGUCGUACCACACCGUUUAUAUUUCUGUACUUCAUUUCUACUGUACUAUUUGUAGUGCCUUGAUUGUGCAUAUUGCGUCUGGUCUCCUUGUCUUUGUACAUGCUGUUUCAUAUUCCUUAGCAUCUUUUCCUCUUUCUGCCUUCUGUGCUUACCGAGGCUUCAUUUUCUCUAGGAAAAUCCUCCUAUCCUCCAUCUCUCCCCUCCCCCAACAGUAGUCUGGAUUAGGGCCCCUUAUAUAUCUACCAUAGCUCUACUCAUACUGUUCUGUAAUUGUUUAUGUCAGCCGUUCUCCAGAAGUGGUCUGGAGUUCCUGGGGUCCUCCAAGGUCAUUUCAGGGGUCCAAGAAGUCAGAUACUGAGCUUUUCUAUUAUAACACCUGGAAACGCUUCAUGUUUUACAAAACAGCAGGGCUUGUGGGAAAAAUAGAGUUGCGGCAUACCACUGAAAACCUGUUUGAUUUUGUAUCCAGCACAACAGCAAAGAUAAUAGCAAUCUUAAAAUUUCUAGCAUAGCUACAUCUCUAUGAGAUUUGCACCUAGCAUCACAGUCUGUCAGUCUUUUGCAGCCUUAAACUGCAGGAUUCAUCGGCCUUAUUUGUGAUCUAGGCCUCAGAGGACAAUUUGUUUGGUAUAUCAUUUUUAUCAAAAUUAAAAAAUACAAACCUUGAUGUAGCCUUCUUCAUUAAUCUGUUUUAAUUCAGGAGAAAAUGUCUUAGAACAUCUUUAUCUACAGUCACAGCUUCCCCAGAUAACUUGAAGCCACUAUACCAGUCUCCAAUUGCCUGAUAAGAAGGAUUAAUUUAUUUUUGGAAAUCAAGUGCAAUAUUAAAAGGAAAACAAAACCAAUGUUGGAAGCCAUUUCUGCUAACUUUAUUAUUAUUUUUUAAAUUUAUGAUUUGAUUUGAAUGCUAUCAUGGGAGGAGCUGUGAGUGCUGGGGAAGAUAAUGAUGACUUAAUUGAUAACUUAAAAGAAGCUCAGUAUAUCCGCACUGAAAGAGUGGAACAAGCCUUCAGAGCUAUUGAUCGUGGAGAUUACUAUUUGGAAGGAUACAGAGACAAUGCUUACAAAGACUUAGCCUGGAAGCAUGGAAACAUACAUUUGUCAGCACCUUGCAUUUAUUCUGAAGUUAUGGAAGCAUUGAAACUUCAACCAGGAUUGUCUUUUCUUAACCUGGGAAGUGGAACCGGAUAUUUAAGUACAAUGGUGGGCUUAAUUUUAGGUCCUUUUGGAAUAAAUCAUGGGAUUGAGCUUCAUUCAGAUGUGGUGGAAUAUGCCAAGGAAAAACUGGAGAGCUUCAUCAAAAAUAGUGAUAGCUUUGAUAAAUUUGAGUUCUGUGAACCUGCAUUUGUGGUUGGUAAUUGCCUCCAAAUAGCAUCUGACAGCCAUCAGUAUGAUCGAAUUUAUUGUGGAGCCGGAGUCCAGAAAGACCAUGAAAACUACAUGAAAAUAUUAUUAAAAGUUGGAGGCAUUCUAGUCAUGCCUAUAGAGGAUCAGUUAACACAAAUUAUGCGAACUGGACAAAACACUUGGGAAAGUAAAAAUAUCCUUGCUGUUUCAUUUGCUCCGCUUGUUCAGCCAAGUAAGAGUGAUAACGGCAGACCAGAUUCAGUGGGACUCCCCCCAUGUGCUGUCAGGAAUCUACAGGACUUGGCUCGUAUUUACAUUCGACGCACACUUAGAAACUUCAUAAAUGAUGAAAUGCAGGCCAAGGGGAUUCCUCAAAGAGUGCCACCAAAAAGGAAACGGAAGAGAGUUAAACAAAGAAUUAACACUUAUGUGUUUGUGGGUAAUCAGCUUAUUCCUCAGCCUCUAGACAGUGAGGAGGAUGAAAAAAUGGAAGAAGAUAACAAAGAAGAGGAAGAGAAAGAUCACAGUGAAGCCAUGAAGCCAGAGCAGCCUCCUCAAAAUUUACUGAGGGAAAAAAUCAUGAAGCUGCCCCUCCCUGAAUCUUUAAAAGCUUACUUGACAUAUUUUAGAGAAAAAUAACUUAGAUCGAGAAGAAAGAAUGCCUACUGAUAAUUCCUUCAGUCUUGAAAAUGUAGCAUUUGUUAGGAGUUAAAAGAGAAAAUUAUUACUUUCAGAGAGAAUUGUAGUGGAAAAAGUAUAACAUGUUUCUGUCUUAGUCAUAAAAAAUAAUGUAUUCAGUGAUUAAAAAGAAUCCCUUUUAUAAAAUCUAUUUUUCUUUAAAUCUCGGAAAAAUGCUGUUUUGACUCUGAGUGAUUUCAAAGUGGAAUGCAGCAAUGAUCAAGACUUUAUGUACUGUAAAUCCUUUUCUGAUUCCUAAUAGAUUUGUAGUGGUGAGGGUUAAAUUUAAUUUUAUAUAAGGUUAAAUAAUGGUUAAGCAUAUAUAAUCUGAUUGGAAUUGCAGUUGUUUAAAUUUCUGCUAGGAAAACUUUCUUAUCUAAUAAGGAAAUCAAAUGCUUUGUAAACCUAUUUACCUUAACUUUUGUUGCAAUCACAUUGCUGAGUUGCUGUAGAUGUAUUCCGGGCAAUAUAUGAGUGCAAUAACAAUAAAGAUAUUGAAUAAUUUAGCUUUAAAGAAGACAAAAAGUUUCAUGGAAUUCAACAGCCCUGCUGCUUUGCUUUUGAAUCCAUUGCCAAAAUAUAUGAGGAAAAUAAGUGCUUCUCUCAUAGAGAUCUUAAGAGCACAUCAAGUGACUGUUAAAGUCUAUACUUAAUACAACUCUUAAUUUCUAUGAAUCCUUUACAUUUUCAGUAUUUAUAAAUAAUGAGGUUAUCUUACUCUCUGGAGUUUUAAAAGAUGAUAUAUUUAGGAUCAUUUUUUUCUAUAGUCCACUGUAUAAAGUACUUAGUUUUUAAAAGUCCACUAUUCUGCGUUCCUUUUUUAAUAGCCCAGACCAUGAACGAAUAAGCAUGAGUGACCGUCCCCUCUUGGACAGCUCUUAGUAGCAGGGCCAGAGCAGAUUUGUUCAGUAGAUGCACUUUAGCAAAUGGAGCUUCCUUCAUCUGAAUAUUCAUGUUUGACAAGGUAGGGCUGAGCUAGCUGACAUUUGCUUUGGAAUUCAUCUUUUUAAUAUAAGAAAUAUUCAUAGAAAUUGUAUGUAGAUGCCUUUCGUGUUGAAGAUCCUGUUGAGAAUCAUAGUAUAAUCUUUGGGACCUGUGUUGUGCUCAUUUAACUUCUUCCCAUCUUAUCCUUAGUUUCUUUAGGUAAACUUAUAAUGGUUUUGAUUUUUUGCUUAAUAUCACAUGCAUAAACUAUCCAUUGUUUGAAUUUUAGUUGUAGCUUAUCCGUAAUAAAACAGGUCAUAAAUGCUGUUUUCAGUUUAUUUUGUUUAUUUUCCCGGUAGGCUCUGAAAAGUCAUUCCUUGUCAAGAAAGUGUACAUUGUAACAUAUUUACCACUUAAUGUUACAUGGAUUGCAUGUUUUUUAAAAGAAAAACUUGAGAGUAUCACUUACUACACCAGCAUCACUAUUGUAAUAGUAAAUCAGAUUUGCUUAAGGAAUUUCAGUCAAUCAGUAGUGAAAGGAUUAUUAUAUCUUUGCAAAGACUGAAAUAGUGGUAAUACAUAGAUGGUUUCAAAAAUCUCAGCUCUGAUAAUUCUACACAUCUGAAAACAAGUAUUAGAAGUAUUCCAAGCAUUACUUAUCCCAAAUAAAUGAGCAUAUUUUAGUAAUGUGAAAGAUAAUUUCAUGGAAGAUACUUGUUUUGUAUGAAUGACUGGGGUGGGGGGUAGGGGGAUCUCCACAUUUUUUUAGGUGAUUACGAAGGUGUUACUGUUAAGAAAUAUCCCAUCUCAUUUCUAUCAAGAAAAGGAAAUGUAAUGUAGUUUCAUCCAGUUAUCAUGUUAGAAAUGUUCAUUUUAUUUUGCUUUAAAUGUGUGUUUAAAAGUUUAAUCCUGAAUUCCUGGUGCCCACAUAUUUUUAUCUAGAAAACCUUGAGAGAGUAUCAUCUUAUUGUCCCCCAACUCCCACCGUUUUGUUGCAACUGGAGUCCAGACAUGUAAAGAUGUAUAUUCUUAAAUGAGGAUUUUACUAUUUAGGAGAGAGUUUUUGUUAAGGAUAUAUUUGAAGAUUGACUUUUUUUGUAUUGUCUUUCAUUCUUUUGACUUUGGCAAAAUGUACAGUAGAUAUUCAUGAUCAUUGCAUAUUUUUGUCAUUACAGUGUAUCUUCUGUGUUUUUAAAUGCAUUUGUUUUACAGUUGUGAGUUUAUUAUGAACUUCAAAUAAAGAGGUAGAAGUGAAAAAUGGAAGUUCAUGUGAAAUAUCUAUUAAUGGUGAUAUUUUAGAAUAACUAAAAGUAAUUUGGGUUUGUGUUUACUAUUUAAUGAGUCCAUGUUUACUUGAGCAUGGAAAAUUAUGCAUUAUAAAUGGAGUAGUAAAUGAAGAUGGAAUAAAUUUAAGUGAAGAUGUUGGGGAAUAAAGUCAUGAAAUUUUACAGCCAGAUAGAACAAUGGAAAUCAUUUCACCUAGAUCUUUAUUUUGCAGAUGAGAAAGUGGAUAUAGAGGGGUGGCAUGAUUUCCCCAAAUCAUGAAGCUAUUUGGGGACAGGGCCUGAAAUGGUAUCCAGCAUCAGCUAAAUCCCAAGUCUCUGUCACUGGCACCAUAGCUAUGAGGAAGAUGAAUUAAAUCUAUGCUGAUUAUUGGUGGAUAUGUUUGGUUCUAGUGUUAAUAAAGACAAAUGUUAUUAAAAUAGCAUAUGUGGGGGCUAAAAUAAAAAUGUUUGUGUUGAUUUCUAGCUGUUUGAGAUAAUAAAAGUGAAGCAAAACCUGUUAAAUUAUGGGAAGACUUGGAAAAUUAUCUUAAAUAAACAGCUGCAUAUAAUUAAGCAUCA